AUGUCGCUAAUUCCAUGUUGCACUACAAAUUCAAAAUGGAGGAUACGGAGAGUUCAGAAACGUCUGUUGAUGACCGUAUUGAAGAUUUAAGCGAAUCUCCGACUAGGGAUGCAUUAGCAGAUGGCCUGAUUGAACUCUUGAGACCAACUGUGGAGCAAAUAGAUGAAAGAGUGAAAUCAACAAGAAUUUCACAAAUGGAGUUAAGACAACAGAUUGAUAGCCUUGCAGAAGAUUUGAGGCACAUAUCCGAGAAUCAGCAUGUACCGUAUGACUUGGAUAUUUAUGUUAAGAAAUUGAUGAAUGCUAAAAGAAGAGUCAUGCUUGUCAGUAAUAUACUACAAAAUGCUCAGGAAAGGCUAAAUAGAGUUCACCACAACGUGGCUAAGGAAACCGCAAAACGUAAAGCUCUACUUGAGCCUAGCUCUGUGGCAUCUUCCAGUGGAGCAGAUUAAAGAAAAGUUUGAUAGUAAUAUUUGAAGUAAAAAUAUUAAAUUUAUGGUGGUAAUAAUUUCCAUUCCAAAGUGUAAUUAGACAAGAGACACAUCCAUUCAGUGAAAAUUUGCUAUUAAUAUAAAUAAAGCCAAUUAAUAAUGGAUGACCAUAUAUCGGUCUGUCUUGAGUGAUUUUGUACAGAUUAUGAAAUACUGAAUGUAAACUGUAUGCAUACAAUUAUCUUAUUAUGUAACUUCUUACACUGCUGCAGCAUUAUUGUGUACAAUUAGGUUGUGUAUGAUGGUGACGUUUUUUCUGUUGUGUAUGAAAUGUUAACGAGUUAUGUGGAAAAACUUUAACGUACUGCUUAAUAUGUUAAAAAUAUGUAGGAGAAAUGGUAUAUCAGUUUUUUCACUUGACACUUGCAGUGAUUUAAUGAGACAAUUCUGGUUUGUGUUCAAAUGGCAUUAUAAAAUAUUUAAGAAAAUUAAGAGAAAUAAAAAUAAUGUAAUGUGAGAAAGAAUUAUUAAGUCUUUGUAUUAUAUAUUUUAGCUGUUGUUUUUGUAGAUGCAAAGUAUAUGCUGUGUACUCCAAUACAUCCAUUAGCACAUUGGUUAUUUAAACUGUACUUUUGAAAUUAGACAAAAGGAUGCUUUUAGUGUUUUGGUUGUUAUGUGUAAUGUAGGCAUUGUGCAUUUGCAGAUUUUGUCUAAUAAUAUUGAAAUACAAGAAAAAUAACAUGCCCUUAACUCAGUUCUACAAUUAAUGUAACUGUCAAAUAACCAGAUACCAAUAAUAAAGCAUCAGCACAGUAAUAA